ACAUAAAUCUGGACCGAAAGAGAGCAACCGUGUAAUUGCGAACUUUUCUGCGCGAUGACAGAAGUGGCCAGUCCAGUUUCAUUUAUGGACUCAGAGCUGAUGUCCCAACCCGAGUCAGAUCAGAUGUCUCCAAUUGAACCCAAAUCUCCACCCCUGGACCUGAUUGAUACUGGGAAGGGCCUGAAGGUCCAGACGGCCACGCCCCAUCUGGUGAGCCUGGGCAGCGGGAGGCUGAGCGUGGCAAUCACCGUGCUGCCACUGAAAGAAGGGGUGACCCGCAUAGGCCGAGAAGAUGCCCCAAUUCCUCAAGAUAUCACUGUUCAGGGGCCUGGCAUCGAGGCAGAGCACUGUCUCAUCAUUAACGAAGGAGGGGUGGUGACGUUGGACCCCUGUGGUCACCUCUGCAGUCUGGAUGGAGUACAGGUCACUGUUCCCACACCACUCACACAAGGUUACUCAUUGUGUCUGGGUAAGAGCUAUUUCUUCCGGUUCAACCAUCCCGAGGAGGCAAGCAGAAUGAAAAGCAUGCUUCCACAAAAGAGCCCUGUGUCAGCUUUAGCCUACAAUACAGACUACCUGAAGUUUAGCAGUGACUAUAGCCAUGCUGUGGUUGGUGGGACCAGCAGUGCGAGGGGCAUGCGUUCAGCCUCCGAACUCCGGGAUUUGAUGGACACCCUGCAGCGUAAGAAGAUUGCCCUGGAGAACAGCCUGAGAGCCAACGGGAAUGCUAACCCCUCCUACUUCAGCAUGACACAGUCUCCCCCCAGUACACCUAUUGCAUCACCUGGCACAUCCUCAUCAGCCUAUCAAGAACAGGCAAGACGUUUCUAUGGCACAGAUCGUCCCCCCAUGUCAAUGAAAUCCAAUCCCCCUCUUUCCUCUUCCCGACGAUCGGACCCUUCCUCUUCUAUGGGCUCCCGCACGUCCAUUGGUCGCAAUCAGGACAACUUCGGCAUCAGUGAUAGCCGACGGCUGCACAACCCGGGCUCCACUCCUUUACUGUCCACAUGGAAUGGCGGAGGCUCCUCCACAUCUGUUGCUGGUAGUGAUAGCUUUCUCCUCUCUCUUCCUCCCCCAUCCUCUUCAUCCCGCACUCCAUCAGCAGGAGGCGCAACUAGUAUGCCUUCAAGCCCCCGUCUUGGACGCCGUAGCUUUGGCAAUCCAGAGCCAUCACCAAGCAGUCGAACCAGGAAAUACUCGGCAGGCUCACUGAGUGGGAUGAUGUCAGGAGGACAUAGCCGGUCACUGCCACGCCUCUGCCCCUCCCCAUCUCCUCGUGACAACAACAAUGGACUGUUGACCUUGUCAACGUUGCCACCGCGUCGGUCAGACAUUUCUGGGUCUUACAAACAUAGCAAAGACCAUUAUAACAACAACAGCCUAAAUGCCAGCCCUGACAUCAACCACAACUCCAGUAACUCUAGCCAGCAGUCCUCCAACAGGAAUCAAAUCCAGGCCACAUCUCAGGGAGAAGGUGUUGUGUCUAUCUCCCUCUCCUCUCCUAAGAUAAUGUCCUCCACCACCAACCCUAUCUCCUCCACAACUGCCCCACCUGAUGUGACUAUCCCAUCCAGGGCGGGGGGCUCCACUUCCCCUCGUGUGGCCAAAAAACUCAGCUUGACUUCCACAAGUUCAGUGGGCUCUAUCAGCUCCACAAAUUCCAGCCCUCCAGAACUGGAGAGGCUGGCCAGCCGUGGUUUCUCCACAGGAAUGGAGCUGUCUUUUGGGGAGAGGGAGAGGCGUGAGGUAGGCCUUGAACUCACUGGUUCCUCAGGGCUUGGACUUGGAGAAAGGAGGUCUUCAUUUGGGAAGGCAGGACUAGAAUCUGGGAUAGGCCUUGGGGAGAGAAGGCAGUCAUUUGGAAAAGCUGGAGUGACCCCACCAGGGGGUUUCAGGGAAAGAAGGGGGAGUAUCAGCUCGCUGAGUGGGAAGGAGGAACUGACUGACUACCACCAUCGCCAAAAAGAGGAGAGACUCCGUGAGCAGGAGGUGGAGAGACUGGAACGACAGCGUCUAGAGACCAUCUUGUCUUUGUGUACGGAGCUGGGCCGGACUGAGAGGGAUGGAGGCGACAUGACUACAAGUCCCACAUCUGCUGUGGCGGACCUCCAAAAGAUCAACCAGGAGCUUGAGAAACUCCAACUGAAUGACGACGAUGAUGACACACCAUCUGUCUUUUCUGACUCUUCAGUUCUUAAUGGAAUGACAGGAAAUGGACACCUGACCUCACCUGGAUCAGAGUAUGGUUACUAUGAAGACGAUCUACAGGUACGACGGAGGCUCAGCAGCGGUACCCGAGACAACAGGGCAGAGUCACCUGCUGUCAGCCUGCGAAGCUUCGCCCCCUCACCUUCUCCACGUACACAGAGGACCAAUGAGGCAUUUGACGAUGCAAUUCGUCGCCACAGACAGGAUGUGAGGCCUUCAGAGGAGGAAGUGAGGCGUGUGGAAGAGGACAGGAUUCAGGUGCUAAACAACAUGGAGGAGCUGGAGCAAAAGAUUAAAGAGCUGGACAACCAAGUGGAGGAAUCUGCCCGAGAGGUGGAGGUUGAGCGAGCUCUGGUGGAUGCUGAGCAGGAGUCGGAGGUAGCUGCUCUCCAACAGGAAAAAGAAGCUCUGGAAGCACUUCACAGCAAGAUAGCUGACCUAGAGACCAAGUCCAAGCAGGAAAAAGAAAAGGCGUGUGAGUUGCUGCAAGCAGAAAGGGGCAGAGUAGAGAGGUUGGCUCAGAUUGUGUGUGAGCAGCGCUCCCAGCUGGACAGCUGCCCUGAGGCCACCAAGGAGCCCCUGCAGGAGCAGCUAGCCAGGGACUGUGAAGUACUCGAGGCAGAGACAAAGCGGUUUGAGGACUUGGAGUUCCAGCAGCUGGAGAGAGAGAGCCGGCAGGAUGAAGAGAAGGAGACCCAUACACAGCAGCUUCUUCGGGAGAUUGCUGACUACCAGCGGAGCACUGUCACUCGCAAGGAGCGACUGUUGACUCUGAAGAAGCAGGCAGCACAGAUCACCCAGCAGGCUCAUCGAGAGAAGGAUAGCUUCUUGAAGGAGAGGGGCACCCUCGAAGCAAUGAUGCAAAGGGAGAAAGAACAACUUGCCACACUGGAAAGAAAAUAUGCCGAUCUCACUGGUGGCCGGGGCUUCACUCUAAGAGAGGAUUCAGCCUCUCUGGCUGAUGUGUGUCAGUCUUUUAGCAGUGGUUGCCGAGACACCAUGUCUACCACAAUUUCUCCUCCUCCAAUCAACUUCUGCGCCCUUUCUUCCAUCCUUUCCUCUGUUUUUCUCAAAAAUGCUGAGGGCUAUGUCACAGUCAGUGAAAUCAAUGAGCUUUACUCACAGCUUGGGGGAGACCCUAAACCCGCCAAUGUCUCUACUGAAUCCGAUGCAAACCCCUCCAGGGACGACGACACCUGCAAACCAGCAGAGGAUGAGCUCUGUCAUUCUUCCUCACUUGCCGACUGUCACUACUCUUCCUCCACUUCUUCUUCAUCCCAUCUUAAUUCCUGCCCCCUUCCCAAAACACCCUCUGUGCAUUGGCCAGAGAACAUGGUGACAUAUCGAGACCCUUCCCCCCUCCCUGACUCUCCCCCACCCCCCCUUCCUGUCAAAAAACACCAUCACCGACACAGGCAGCAUUUCCGUUUGCUGGAGGAGAGGAGGAGGUCUGAGAAAGAAGGUGGAUGCCAUCUAAGUGACACUUUACCCAGGAAGAAAACCACACCCACCAUGACCCCCCAGUUCACAUGUGCAACACUUGGACGCAGCUUCCCUUCCAAGUCUCAUCAGCCCUUGGUACAGAGCACAAGUUGUGGCAGCAUUCUUCCCAGAAUUUUCUCCUUAUCCAGCAAGGAAACAGAAACUCGACGUCUGUAUAAAGGUCAGUCUAGCUCCCGAGCGGCUUCCCAGACCAAUGUCUACCUCGAUGCCUUCGGGUACCGUGACAACCAGGCCUUUGACACAAUGAGUGUGGAUAGUACGGACUCCAUUGAAACCAGCAUCUCUGCAUGCUCUCCUGACAAUGUUUCCAGUGCCAGUACUUCCAAUGCGGCCAAGCUUGAAGAGAUGGAGCGUCUACUUAGAGAAGCCCAAAUGGAGAAGAGUCGGCUCCUUGAAAACAAGGAGCAAGAGAUGGAAAUACGAAAGCAGGCGCUGGAGGAAGAGAAGAAAAGAAGGGAGGAUCUGGAGAAAAGGCUACAAGAGGAGACCAGCAGACGCCAGAAACUCAUCGACCGUGAGGUGAAACUACGAGAGAAACAGAGGGCACAGUCCCGGCCACUUACACGAUACCUACCCGUGCGCAAGGAUGACUUUGACCUACGGGCUCACAUUGAGUCGGCAGGCCACAGCACAGACACAUGCUUCCACUUGUCCAUCUCUGAAAAGACCUGCAGAGGCUACCUGAUCAAGAUGGGAGGCAAGAUCAAAACCUGGAAGAAGCGCUGGUUCGUCUUUGACCGCAACCGACGCACACUCUCGUAUUAUGCAGACAAGCAUGAAGCCAAGCUGAAAGGAGUGAUCUACUUCCAAGCUAUUGAAGAAGUGUAUUACGACCAUUUGAAGAAUGCACAUAAGAGCCCAAACCCCUGCCUGACCUUCAGUGUGAAGACUCACGACAGGGUCUACUACAUGGUUGCUCCCUCUCCUGAGGCCAUGAGGAUCUGGAUGGAUGUAAUCGUCACAGGUGCUGAGGGAUACACACAGUUUAUGGUGUAGUGAAAGGGUGGUGGUUGCAGGAUUUGCUAGCGUGCAGCGGCUGCCAGGAUAAGACUCCGAUCCUGUCUUUGUGGCUUUAAAGACUGAGUUAUAUUGUUUUGUUUUUUGUUUUUUAAUCCUUGGAUUUCUGUGUCUGGAUGGAUAAAUAUACAUGGUGAAGGAUUAAAACAUGUUCAGUUGUGGAGAGACAGCAGCCUUGAAUUACUCACUGUCAUUCUUAAACAUUUGACCUGCUUCAUUUGCAAAAUGGACAGGGUUUACAAUCUUAUGUGCAACAUUUCAUGUGAAAUUGAUGGCAGAUACAAUAUAAUAAUUUUAGCAUUUUUAGGAAAUUUGGUCCCAGAAUAGUCUUAAGUGAGCUGUGGUCUGCUGUUGUGCCUUGAGAUGAGCUCAGGUGUAUUUCUAGGUUUUGCUGAAGUGUACAGGACAUAAAUGUUUCAUAGAUGCUUACCUGACUUUACUCUAAGUACUUUAGUAGUUUAUUACAAGUGCAACCUGUGACUCAACAGCUCCUUUUUAGCCAUGCAAUGCUUUUUACAAUAGAUUUUUUUUAUCUGAGAUACCAUUGAAAGAUAAUGUAGAGUCAACCAGUUUGAGUUCUAUAUUGUGUUAUUGUCAACAUCAUCAUCUAGGAAAACAUAGUGAAACAGUAGUUAUGUUAAGAAGUCCCAUACGAGCCUUAACGACUCUAGUGUGUAAUUCAUGAACUUGACAUCAAUUUCACCAUAUGUUUAAUCAAUUUAAGACCAUUUUAAAGUGUGUUUUAGUCAUUUUUAGAACUUUUUACAUGUACAUAAAUAAUGCGUAUUGAUUUAUUAAAACAUAGUUAAGCACAUGUAUUUUAAUUUCCAACUUUAUUUGAAUCAUGAUUUAAUUUCAUGUUCCUCAGGUCUUAACAGAGUGCAUGAAUGUUCAUGCAUGCACUAUGUGUUAAUUUAUACACAUGUGCUCAGAAGUGCCUCUUUCGUGUGUGUAUUGUAUGUACACCGAUUACAGUGUGAGCUUGUAAUGUAGCUCCAAGGUGCUAUUAUUAAAUAUUGAAUGACAGUAAUAUUUCAAGCCACACUGUCACAUAAAAGAUUUAAAUUGGGGUGAAAUAUAUACUCCACAUGUUUAUCAUCAUAUUGCUUGAAAGUAGUGUCACCACAGGCUCAGAAAAUAAAGCUCAACCAGCUGUUUGAACUAAAGUGUCAGGCCACUUGUUCUCAUGUAAAAGGAUGGGCGAAAGGAAUAAUGACUGUUACUGAGGCACACGAUUGUGAUAUUUGUACAUUUUGUUUCAAAGUUGUAGUUAAUUAUAAAAUACAAAUUUAUAGUCCAUUGUCAACUUCAGAAUCCUCUUUGUGCCUUUUUUAUUAUCAUAACUGUGUGACAGUAUUUUGACAUGCAUAUUAUAUAUAUUUGUAAGAGCUAUAUGUAUCUCUAUACUCACAGCCAAUCUAAUGUGGAAAUAUGUUCCUGUGUAGUUUUGUAUGAAAGACCAGUAGUGUUAAAUGGUCUUUUAAGAUGUCAGGUUGGCACACUAUGGUACAUUUACACAUUUAACAGGCAUUUAGACAUUAAAACAGACUGAUUAUUGUGCUGCUGAUUAUUAUAUUUUAGUCCAAUAGCUUUCAUUGCAUUGCUAUUAUUACCACAAGUGUAGUGUUUUACUAUUCCACAUUGAUCACUAAAUUAUAUUAUAUUGAAUAUCAUACUCCAUAAUACAUAAUAAUAUUUCAGCCCACUGAUCUUGUCUCUUGGAAUUGCUUUUUGUUUUGUUGUAUUGACCAAAGUACAUGUACAUGUGUUUCAAUGUAUAUGUGGUUUAUUUGCUUUGAUUUCUUUUUGCUGAAUAAAAUAAGAUCAAAAUGAUGUGUUUCUACAUGACA